AUGGCGCGUUUCUCCAUCCCAACAAAAGGACGCUUGUCGUCAGAUGUGCGGCUUCCGCCUACCAACUCUGCGGUUCAGAAAGCUUUGAGCCGACUGCCUCGUCCCUCUUUGUUGGCAUUGGUUCUCGAGUGGCUGAGCGACGACAAUUGUCAGCUGUGCGCACCGCUGCUGGGGGACGAGGAAGACGACGAUGGACUUUACCCUCCCGCAUCGUCGGUAGAGGAGCUACGAGUCAUCUAUACGGACCUACAGUACAGGAAGGGGUCCAAGAGAGAGAUUCUUGACCGCAUCAUAGAAGGCGACUGGCAGCAUGGCCUGACUCUGUACCAAAUGGCACUGGCGGAUGCUCAGUAUCUCCAAGAUCACCCUACAUCGCAGAAGUGGACCGCCUAUCGCAUCAUGCCGCUGAAGGAGGUUUCAUAUAUGGACGACGAGGAACAACCUCCGGAAGUCGACAUGGAGUCUCUGACACUCCCUCGUUUCCAUCCGUCCUCCUUCAUUCAAAGUCUCCAAGCUCACGUCUUGCCUGACGUCAAAGCGCAUUAUCAUUUCCACCGGCCCCAGGGGCUCUCUCUCUCAAUUCUGCGCAUUUUCAUCAUCGAAUCUCCCUACAGCACGAGCAUGACACAUUUGGGCAGCAGUCUAACACCAACGGACGCCAGUUUCGACAGCUCACGGACUCUCUACAUUGCCUUUCCCGACGCAUCACCAUUCGUCUAUCUAUCAAAAUCCCAGACUGUGGGUUCUCUAGGAGCUAGUGAGUCCAAGAGCUUCCGCAACCUAGUUGUAGAAGGUAUACCAAAGGCACUUUCCCGGCCCCGGGAAAGGUAUACUCUCAAACCCACCAACAUUUCCACCAAGAACCUAGAUGCACUGCUGCAUGUUCGAGGCGUUGGACGCACAAAUGCGGCCGGCGGGGGUUGGGACAUUUACGCCGAUAAGAAGAAGAACGAGUCACCGCUUGACACCAUUUUACCAACUCCGCCAUUAUCAGAAGAAUCAUCGGACGACACGCCAGAGCUAGCCGGCAAGACAGGCACAAAAAGAAAAACGGAACGUGUUGAUGACGCCGAAAAGUUCCACAGAAGAGCUCGGCUGUGUGCCCAAGCGAGGUUCGGAGAGACAGCUAGAAUCGAUGAUGGACUCGGUAUCGAGCGUGUGGACAUCGUCAUUGAAGACCUUUUCCCCUGCAGCCCUCAGAGUGGGCUAGUAGGUGACGAUCGAGGCCCUGGCGACGAGACAAAUGGCGAAAGGAGGAAGCCGAAGGGUGGUCAACAGAACAACUUCGAGAUGUCCUUUGGAUAUGAUUCGGAUGCUGAGGAGAAUCCGCCUAGGCAACACGCAACAAAUUGGGCUCCGAACGUCAAGCUAACAUUUCACGGGUCCCAUGUGUUUGCUGGUAUGCGGCAGCUGGUAGAAAACGGCAUUAUUGACGGCGAGCGGAUGCCGGGAUGGCUGACAGGCGAAGAGGGUGUCACGGUGGGUGCCGUCCGGCACGGGAGGAUUAGGGGGCACAAGGGCUCCGGCUUAUGA